GAUUUGAGGAGGCAAGACAUGGGCUGAUGGAGAGAUAACAAAUACAACCCAUAAAACUGAGGUUUAUACUCAGAUGGGCAUAGUUAAGAGCAUGGUUGUACUUCCUUCUGGUUCUUUAUUCUGGAACAGCUCUGAGGUGGAAAAAAAAAAAAAAAGUGGUGUAUUUUUGAGCAUUCCAAGCAUCUGGAAGGAAACCAGACAUGUCCUUGGAUGACAUUAAGAUGAAAUCCAGUGACUUCCUAGAGAAGGAGCAUCUAGACAGUGGGGGCUUCGGAGAGGUGUCUUUGUGUUUACACAGAUCCCAUGGACUCGUAAUACUGAAAAAGGUGUACACGGGGCCGAAAUGCACAGAGUACAAUGAGUCCCUCCUGGAGGAGGGCAAGAUGAUGCACAGGCUGAAACAUGAGCGGGUGAUAAAGCUGCUGGGCAUCAUCAUAGAGGAAGGCAACUACUGUCUUGUGAUGGAGUACAUGGAAAAGGGCAACCUGAUGCACGUGCUGAAAGCUGAGAUCAGUAUCCCCCUUUCUGUAAAAGGAAGGAUAAUUCUGGAGACAAUUGAAGGAAUGUGCUAUUUACAUGGAGAAGGUGUAAUACACAAGGACCUGAAGCCUGAAAAUAUCCUGGUUGAUAACGACUUUCACAUUAAGAUAGCUGAUCUAGGUGUUGCUUCCUUCAAGACAUGGAGUAAGCUGACUAAAGAGGAACAUAAUGAGCAGCGAAAAGUGAAUAGUCUCUCUAGGAAAAAUGGCGGCACCCUCUACUACAUGGCUCCUGAGCACCUGAAUGACAUCAAUGCAAGGCCCUCGGAGAAGUCAGAUGUGUACAGCUUUGCCAUAGUACUUUGGGCAAUAUUUGCAAAUAAGGAGCCAUAUGAAAAUGCUAUCUCUGAGCAGCAGUUGGUAAUGUGCAUUAAAUCUGGGAACAGGCCAGAUGAGGGGGACAUCAUUGAGUACUGCCCAAAGGAGAUCAUCAGCCUCAUGAAGCAGUGCUGGGAAGCGGAUCCAGAUGUACGGCCAACGUUUGCUGGCAUUGAAGAAAAAUUUAGACCUUUUUAUUUACGUCAUUUAAAAGAAGAUGUAGAAGAGGAUGUGAAGAGUUUAAAGAAAGAAUAUCCUGGCCAAAAUGAAAUUGUGAAGAGAAUGCAGUCUCUCCAAAUGGAUUGUGUAGCAAUACCUCCAAGCAGGUCAAAUUCAGCCACAGAACAGCCCAGUUCUCUGCAUAGUUCACAGGGACUCGGGAUGGGUCCAGUGGAAGAGUCCUGGUUUGCUCCAUCUCCAGAGUACCAGCAAGAGGAGAAUGACCUCAGACUGCAGAGUAAACUCCAAGAGGAAGCCAAUUACCAUCUUUUUGGCAGCCGCAUGGACAAGCAAACAAAACAGCAACCCAGGCAAAAUGUGGGUUACAAUAGAGAGGAGGAAAGGAGACGAAGGGUCUCCCAUGACCCUUUUGCACAGCCAAAACUGUAUCAGAACCCAGGGGUAAAAGGCCUUGCUUCUUCCAAUGCAACCAGUCAUGGUAAUGAAGUACACCAACCAGUUGGACUGACCAGCCAACCUCAAGGACUACAUUGGAACAAUGGAUCAUAUAAUCCACAUGGUUUUAGAACAACACCAUUGGAUCUGGGAACAGCAGGUCCCAGAAUUUGUUAUGGGCGAAAUGCAAGCCAUAUACCAAGCCUGCAUAAAACUCCAGUGCCUGAGACCAACCUACUGGAAAACACACCCACCAUCCCAUUUGUCUCCCUGACAUCAAGAGGUGAGUCUAUAAAAUAUUCCAUAUUCAACAGUACUGGCAUUCAGAUUGGAGACAAGAAUUAUAUGGAGGUUGGAAUGAGUUCGCCGUUACAGGACAACAUGUACACGAACUUGAAAGAGCCAGCUUUUAUAUACCUAGAUAUGUUUGAUAAUACCACUAGUCUGACUGAUAAACACCUCGACCCAGUCAGGGAAAAUCUAGGAAAGAGCUGGAAAAGCUGUGCUCGUAAACUGGGCUUCACUGAAUCUCACAUUGAUGAAAUUGACCAUGACUAUGAGCGAGAUGGAUUAAAAGAAAAGGUUUACCAAAUGCUUCAAAAGUGGCUGAUGAGGGAAGGCAAUAAGGGGGCCACAGUGGGAAAGCUGGCCUAUGCACUCUAUCAGUGUUCAAGACUGGACCUCCUGAACACUUUGAAAUGUAUCAGCCAGAACUAGCUCUAGAAGGAGCUUUGGCAGCAUGAAAUAAACUCCUCACUUAGUGAGUAAUCCACUGAAAGUGUGCUGCUUCAGAUCAUCCAGAAUUCUUUGCUCACAGAUACGGGUCCUGUGUCUAUAUGCAUAAAGAUCAUUUUCUGCAUUUCGCAGCUGGACAGUGGGAAGGAAAUCUACAGCAAACAACCCACUAAACAGAUAGACUUAUUAAUGGCCAAGCCUCAAUGAAAAAAAGAAGCCUAAGUGGGUUUGAAAAUGGAAAGAAAAAAUAUUUGAAAAAGAUCAUUUUCUUUUACUUUAUCCCAUAACCUUCAGUUCUGCUGUUCAUUCAGUUUCUUGGAAUUUUGUUUGAGCAACAAAAGAAAAUUCAGAGAAUGUAACUUCCUUAUUUUGUGCUCUUUUUUCCACAUAGGCUCCUGUUAUAACCAAAGUACAGAAAAAUUCUAAAUUCUCUUCAAAUAUUUUGGUGUUUUUUGGUAUCACAGCCACAGUUCAUUCCAAAUUUAUAGGGUCUGUUAACAUCAGUAUCAAAUUCUGUAUCAGUCAUUAUAGGCUUCAAGAAUUGAAUGCAACCUCCACUCCACAAAUUAACCGAAGGGAUUUUAUGGUGUACCAAGAAGAGGAAAAAAACAGAUAAAAAUAUCACUUUCCCACGCAGCUGUUGCAAGAAAUUGCUACUAAUUGUGACAGUCACAAAAAUUCUUGAUUAAGUUUUUGAAAUCUUCCCUAGCAUUCUGGCACUUAAGGCACUUUCCCAACCUGUGUGCUUUGAAGAGGGAGCAGGUAGGUGGGGAAUAUUAUCUUGGCUAUGACUGGAGCCUCAGGGCUGAUCACUGUUAAACAUCUCUCCAGUUUACCCUCAGGGUGCUGUAGAAAUAUUUUCUCUUUUUUCUGUGAGCUAUAAUGUGAAAAAAAAGGACAGCUUCAGAGUCUGAUAAUUGUGACUUUAGCACUCAGCCUUUCAAAGCCCACAUGAAACUCAGGAACAAAUGGAGAAACUCGAAGACUGAAGCCAGCUGGGCCAUCCAGCAUCACUGCCAGCCCUUGCGAGCAGGGACGCCACUGAGGGAAGGAGAGUGGUGCAGUGUGGUCAGCCUGGCUGUCCAAAUGGAUUCUAGUGUCGGGUGGGCUGAUAAUAGAAUUGUUGGUUCUCGUUCUAAAUCUCCUCCAGCCCAACCCAGCAGAUAAACACACACACACACCUGACGUGGGGCCAUCAAGCAGAACUCAGCCCCAGCACUACUGGCAUCUUGGGCUGGAUAAUACUUUGUUGUGGGGGACUGCCCUGUGCAUUGUUGGAUGUUUGGAAAUAACCCUGGCCUCUAGCCAGGAGAUGCCAGUAGCACUGUUCCCCUCUUCCCAUCUCCAGUUGUUACAAAGUUAUUUCUAGGCAUUGCCAGAUGUUCCCUAGGAAAGCCAAAUUGCGCACCCCCCCCCCCUCCGCCCCGUUGAGAAGAGCUCUGUUAAAAAAGUAAUGAACCUCAGUUUUGUUACCAGCCCAUACACAGGCUCACUACUUAGUUGCCAAACAGUGUUCAUCAAAAAGACCAAAAGAAAGACUGGAGGUGGAAAGGGUCCCAGGCCUUAUUAGUGGGGGCUGGAUGACUUAUUUUCUAAAUGUAUUCUGUGUACCUUGUCUUAACAGUGUUCUAAAAUCUUUAACUUCCAAAGAGAUUAAAUGAUCAAUGAUGA